GACAGAUAGGUGUUGCUACAGUUGGGCCAAAAUAGCAAAAUAUUGACUUUGUCCUCACAGGCAGAGGAUCAUGGCGUCUAAAAAUGGCCCUACUGUCAUGGGAACGGACGGACGGGACUUUCUUCACCGGCAGAAAGUUGCUUCGCAGUAUCAAGUUAGUGUUCAGGCAAAAACAAGACUGAAGUUCUGCCUGUUUCUUCAUCUGCUUCUCUUCAUUGUUAUGCUCAUUAAAAUGUCACCAGAUAUUCUGGACAAGUUGAACAUAUUCAUCCUGGAAAUUGAGGAACUUGAGAUACCCCAGCCUUUGAAGUGGGAAUAUGUAUGGAGCUUCUGCAUGUUAUAUUCUCUCUUUGCCUGGUCUGCUUGCAAGAAGAACAACACUCUUCUGCUUCAGGUUUAUGCUGGUGGCAUCGUCGCCCUCGGUCUGGCGCCUGCGCUGUUUGCGCUCUGCUACUACCUGCCCGACGUCUACCGGUUCGCGUCCAGUGGCUCGGCGGAGGGCCAGCUGGUCUGGCAGGGGUACCCGUACUCCAUGAUCAACCUGGCGUUCCUGCUGGCGGCACUGCAGGUGCACGCCUUCUCGCUGCUCUUCUCCAGCCGGCUGCUGGCCGCGUGGCGGGUGCGCGGCGCCGGCAAGGCCCAGUAGGCGGUGCGCACGUGCGGCGAGCGCCGCUCCUGGGACGCCCGGACGCGCCGCGCGCCGCACGCGCCACCCGGCCGCCAGUGAUCGGGGACGCCCUUCACGUACUGCCGUGUUAGCCUCACUCUAACUGUCUUCCUGACGUUUUGGUAAUAUGAUAGCGAUUGAAUCUCUUCCGUUGUUACCGUUGCCGGAUAGUGCCGUCCUCCUCCAACGGAGAGCACAUUGGUCCUAUAUGUCAGAGUGCGCGGAGUGUUUUUCAUUUUUGUACUUUUUUGGUGAGGGUGUGAUGCAGUCCGGGGCAGGGGUAUCGCGCUCGGGACGAGACUGAAGGAAGGUACGUGGUUUGUGCCAUGCUUGUUACCCCCAUGCAUGCCGAUGGUACAUCAUAAAAAACCAGCAUUUGCUAUAGUGUUUUUAUUAGACGUAAAUGUGUGCUAACAUACAAAAGACAAAAACCUACAUUUCGUUUCCAGAAUGCGCGUUUAUCUGUGAAUGAGUGAUGACGCUGUCAACAAUUGUGUCCCGUUGCAGGAAUGUAUACUCAAUGUUUUACUUUACUUCAAACUGUAAGUUAAGUUUAAUAUGCAUCACUCAUGCCGAACUCACCUCAAAAUUUUAAGCAACAAUACACUCACAGAUUCACAACCACCCUUAUACCCCGUGGCAGAAUGCUACAAAGCUCUAUAUUAAAUUAUUAAAUAAGUCAGUGAGCAAAGAUGGUGCUAGUUCGUUAGUAUCACAGUGCCGUCCAGUGUAUAAAGGGUUUGGAAACAACAUAACUCGCUUCUACCGGCGCCUCACGUCCCAGACGUGCGUCAGCCUUCUCCGCCCGCUGGCCUGUGAGCAGCGACCCAGUCAGCCAGACGCCGCUCACGUCCCAGACGUG